AUGUAUGAUGAUCCCAAGGAGAGCACCAAGAAGAAGAAGGAUAAGAAGAAGGAGAAGGAGAAGAGCAAGGAGAAGGAGAGGGAGAAGGAGAAGAAGGAGGAUGGGGGGGACAAGAGCGUCACUGCACCUGCCAAGCAUGGCGAGGCAGGAGGAAUGAUGGACCAAGAGGCUGGGAAAGCCACUCCAGCAUCAGCAGCAGCAGCAGCAGCAGGAGGGACAGCAGGAGGCGGGGAGGGGGGCGGAGGGGCAGGCGUGGGUGCAGAGGGGGGGAAGAAGCGCGUGGUAGUGCGGCGGCUGAAGAAGAAGAUCAAAUCGCGGCUGCCCGACGGCACAUUUGUGGUCAAGGAGGUCAUCAUCACGGAUCCAGAGCUGAUUGAUGCAGAGUUGGCAAAACGGUCAGCCUUAGCAGCACAGAGAGGGGCAGCAGGCGGUCAGGUAGGGCAGCGGACAGAGCAGCAGGCGGAGCAGCAGGAGGGGCAGGAGGCAGAGCAGCAGCAGCAGGGAGAAGAAAAGGACCAGGCAGGUGCUCCCUCGCAGACACCGGCCACGCCUUCGAAACAGGCUGCCUCAGAGAAGGGGGGUGGGGGCGAGGGGGCAGGGAAGAAGCGGAAGAGGGGAGGACAGGCAGGGCCCAAGGCAGAUACACCCGUUAAAGGAACCCCGUCCAAGGGAACCCCUAUCAAGGGAACCCCCACUCCCACCAAGAAGGAAGCUGCUGGGAAGAAGGACGGCAGUGGGCCCAAGAAGGGACAGAGGGCGUCGGUGGUGUGUGGGGCGUGCGGGCAGGAGGGUCACAUGCGCACUAACCGCGCUAAGUGUCCCCUCUAUAUGGAGGAUGAGGAGGGGAAUCAGAUUCACAGGGAUGGGGCGCUGGCAGAGGGGUUGCUGGAGAGGAAGGGAACGAAGAUCAAGAUUAAUAAGGCGAAGAUGCUGCUGGGGAAGGCUGGGGGAAAAGGAGGAGCUGAGGGGUCGGGUGGUGGAGGGGCGAGUGGUGCUGGUGGGUGGAGUGCGGUGGGAGGCGGUGGUGGGAAGGGUGGUUCUGCUGGUGCCGGUGCUGAUGGUGAGGGUGCAGGUGAUGGUGAUGGUGGUGCUGCUGCUGCUGCUGCUGGGGAUGGGGAGGAUGGAUUUGAUUUUGAUCCGACAGCCGCACAGCCUAGCCAAGCCAGUUAUGGUGCUGCUGCUGCUGCUGCUGGUACUGGUGGUGGUGACGGUGCUGGUGUUGGUAAGAAAGGUAAGGAGAAAAAGGAGCGGAAGGAGAAGAAGGGGAAGAAGGGGAAGAAGGAGAAGGAGGAGAAGAAGAAGGGGAAGAAAAGCUCCCAUGGGGAUGGGAGAGCUGAUGGUGUAACAUCCCCCCACCGCCCCCGCUCCAAGGCAAGACGAGAUUCUCCAGGAGGGGAGUCUCCCUCUGCUCACGAAGUUUCCAUGCAGCUUCAGCUUGCAGACAACACAAUAGCGAGGAUCACGGGAGGAGGUGUGGGAGAGAGGGAGGGGAGUGAGAAGGGAGGGAGUGAGAAGGGGAGGAAGAGGGGAAUGGGGAAGAAAGUUUCUCUGAAGGUGAAGUUGUCUUGUGGGAAGAUCAAACUGGUAGGCAAAGGAGGUUCAGAGGCGCGAGGGAACGUGGGGGAUGGGGGAGAUGUGAGGGAUAGGGAGGAUUUGCAGAGAGUAAAGGGGAGAAAGGGUGGGGAGGAUUUGGGGGAGAUGCAUGGUGAGGUUGAGGGUGAGGGGGUGCAAGGAGAGGGGGAUAAGGGAGGAGAUGAGGAAGGGGAGGUUGGGGUAGGUGGUGAGGGAGAGGAGCAGGAGGGACAUCUGGAGGGAUGGGGGAGGAAGGAGGAGAAGAAGAGGAAGAGGAAGAGGAGAGAGAGGAGUGGGGCGAACAGAGGGGUGGAGAGGCAGGAGGCGGACGGUGGGCAAGAGGAGGGAGGGACAGUAGGAGCCGGGGGGGAUGAGGAGGGUGGGGGGAAGAGCAGAACACAGGGCAAGGAGGAGAGGAGCGCUGGGAUGGAAAGGGGGGAGUUUCAGAAGAGUAGGAGGAACGAGGGGGAUGGGGAAAGGGAGUGGCAGGAGGAGAGCGUGGAGGAGGGGUUUCAUAAGCCGAAGAAGCAGAGAAGAGGCGAGAGAAGCGGUGGUGGGGAGAGGACUGCGAAUGAGCAGGAGGAGAGGGUGCAUCAGGUGCAGCAGCAGGAGGAGGCAGAGGAAGAGAAGCAGGGCAGGAGAGGUGCUGAGAUGCGGCAGCGAUUCAAGAAGGCAGCAAGGGGUGGUUUAGAUCCUUUCGAAGAGGAAGGGGAGAUGGAAGAGGCGAAGGAGAGAGUGAGGAAUGAAGAUUGGGAGAGAAAACAGGGAAGUGAGAGGAAGGGCGAGAAGAGCAGGGACUGGGGAGCGGAGCAUGAGAGGGAGAAGGAGAAGAAAAAGGAGGGGAGAAGAGAGAAGGGGCAGGCGAGUGAAGGUCUGAGGGUGGGUGCUGAAGUGAUUGGCAGUUAUGCCGAACCUCACCCUGCUGCCAAGAGGCUUGCUGCUUCGGAGAGAGAGCGAGGAGGCUCGGCAUCACCAGGCUCGGUAGACAGGCUUGGUAAAGCUGCUGGAAAGGACAGGCAUGGUGAAGGGUGGGUUGGGAAAGAGGGUUGGGAAAGGGGGAGGAGUGAGGAAGGAGAGGGUAAGGUGCAGGAGAGGAAAGGGGAGGAAAGGGAGAGGAGGAAGGAUAAGGUAAAAGAGAGCAGGCAGUAUGAAGACAAGGAUAGGGAGAGAGUGAGGCACAAGGAGAGGGACUGGGAAGGAGUAAGGGAACGAGAGAGGGAUAGGGAAACAGGGAAGGAGAAAGGAGAAGGAAGGACUCUGAAGGUUAAGCUUGAGAGGAAGGAUACUGAGAGGGAUAAGGGAGGGGAACGAGCAAGGGAACGGGAGAGGGAAAUUAAGGGGCGGAGAGGGGGGAAUGAGGUGGAUAGGGAUGGAUGGGAGGAUAAGGAGCAGGAGAGGAAGCAUGAUCGUGAGUGGAGACGCGAGAAGGACAAGGGCGAGGAGAAGAGGAGAAAAGAAGAUUCACACGGGGAGAGAGAUGAUUGGAGGAGAAGGGAAGAUAGGGACCGGAAAGAGACGAGGGAGGGGAGAGAAGAGAGGGAGGGGAAGGAGGAGAGGGAGCGGAGGCGAGAGAAAGAGAGGAAGGAGAAGGAGAGGAGGGAGGAGAGGGAGAGGAGGGAGGAAAGGGAAAGGUCUCGUUCUGUAGGUAUUGAAGAGCCAAGAGGGAAGGGCAGAGAGGAGAGAGAGGUGAGAGAAGAGAGGGACAGGGACUGGCAGGAGGAGGAGAGGGGACACGGCGGGGCGCAUGGAGGGAAACGGCGCAGUUCUCAAGCUCUUAAGGGGCCUCGCUCAAAGGGGGUGGCGGGAGAGGGAGCGAAGCGCAGUGCUACUCCUGGUGCUUGGGACGGUGGUGGUGGGCGCAGCGAGGGGGGGAGAGGAGGAGGGCCGGCUCUGAAGCGCGUGAAGCUGCCUGAAGGGGGUGUUCUGCUGCGGCACCCGAACGUGUGGUCGUUUCUGAACAGCCUGGAGGUGGAGCGUUUCCGAACCCUCAUUACUAUGUCCUUCCCCUUCCGCUCCCCCUUCCCCCAUCCGCACCUUUCCUCCACACCCUCACCUUGCCAGCUGCGGCAUCCGAACGUGUUGUCGUUCCUGAACAGCCUGGAGGUGGAGAAGGAGGAGGGCGGCGUGCAGAAGCCGACCAUCUACAUCAUCACCGAGCCCGUCAUGCCACUGGACCUCCGACUCAAAGAGCUCAAACUCAAGGGGCCGCAGAGGGAUGAGUACUACGCGUGGGGAUUGCUGCAAGUGGCCAAGGCUGUCAGCUUUCUCAACAAUGACUGCAAGCUGGUGCAUGGCAACGUGUGCAUGGCGUCGGUGGUAACCACCGGUGCGCUGGACUGGAAGCUGCACGGCUUCGAUGUGCUGUCUGAGUUCGAUGGGGGCAAGGCAGACGCGCCUGAGGGGCCCAUGCUGCCAUACGAGUGGAUGGUGGGUGCGCAGUACAAGUCAAUGGAGCUCGCCAAGAGCGACUGGGCGGCCAUCAGGAAGGGCCCUCCCUACGCCAUCGACUCCUGGGGCCUUGGCUGCUUGAUUCAGGAGGUGUUCUCGGGGCACCAGCUGACACGCACAGAAGAGCUUCGAAACACAGCUUGCAUUCCCAAGACCCUUCUCCCAGACUACCAGCGUCUGCUCAGCUCUGCCCCUGCCAGGCGACUCAACCCCGCCAAGCUCAUUGACAACAGUGAGUUCUUUCAGAACAAGCUGGUGGAGACGGUACAGUUCAUGGAGGUGCUGAGCCUCAAGGACAGCGUGGAGAAGGACGGAUUCUUCCGCCGCCUGCCCGCCCUCUGUGACCAGCUAUCGCGCCCCAUCCUGCUCAACAAGAUCCUGCCCCAGCUCGCCUCCGCUCUGGAAUUUGGGUCUGCUCCUGCUCCUGCACUGACUGUGUUGCUCAAGCUGGGGGGAUGGCUUAACCAAGACGAGUUCAACGCCAAGGUUCUCCCCACUCUAGUCAAGCUCUUUGGCUCGUCAGACCGAGCCAUCCGGGUGUCACUGCUGCAGAAUCUGGACUCGUUCGGAGCGCAGAUAGCCCCCAACGUGGCAGAGGAGCAGGUGUUUCCGCACCUCGCCUCCGGCUUCACUGACACGUCGGCUCUCCUGAGAGAGCUCACACUCAAGUCCAUGCUGCUCCUCGCUCCCAAGCUCUCCCAACGCACUCUCGGGGGGGCGCUGCUCAAGCACCUCUCCAAGCUGCAGGUGGAUGAGGAGGCAGCCAUUCGCACCAACACCACCAUUCUGCUCGGCAACAUCGCCAGACACCUCAACGACUCUACGCGCAAGCGAGUGCUCAUCAAUGCCUUCACUGUCCGCGCUCUAAGAGACGCCUUCCCCCCUGCCAGAGCUGCAGGCAUCAUGGCGCUGUCAGCAACCAGGGAGUAUUACGACGCCACUGAGAUCGCCACCCGCAUUCUGCCUGCUCUGGUGGUGCUCACUGUUGAUGCCGACACUGACGUGCACACCAGGGCAGUCCAGGCCGCCUUCUCAUUCCUCCAGUCCGUCUCUGAUUUCCACGCCAAGCUGGAAGGGCACUCAGUCGAGCAACGAGCUCAUGGAGCAGCAGUAGCUGCGGCUGCUCCUGCUGCUUCCGGCUCUUCUGGAGGGCUGCUGGGCUGGGCGGUCAGCUCACUCACCUCAGCAGGGCCCAAGGCGGGCCCCACUGCACCACCUGCCGGGACAGCAGGAGAUUCGUCCACUGCCACUUCUGCUGCUGCUGCCCCUGCUGCUGCUGCCGCUGCAGCAUCAGAGCCUGAGGGCAAUGGGUGGGGAGACGAAAUCGAGGAAGAGGAGGAGGAAGAGCAGCCGAAACCAAAGCCCUCAUCAGUGCACCGACCAGCCCCUGCCAGACCCACCGCCCCCUCCUCUCACACCUUCUCCAAGCCUGCCCCAGCCGCACCUUCCCCAGCUGAACCUGAAGCAGAGGAGGAGGAGGAGGAUGGGGACGGGUGGGGAGAUUUGGAUGAUGGGGAGGAGAGUUCUGCGAGUAAGGGUGCUGCUGCUGCUUCUGCUGCUGCAGCAGCAGCGUCGCUCUCUCGCAUGCAGGCAGCACAGCAACGUCCAGUGGUGCAUCAUGCUCCCGCUGCUACCCCCGCAGCAGCAGCUGGAGGCAGCACUGCCACAGCGUCGCCUCAAAAAGCAGCACCAGUGCGGCCAGCAGGGGUGAGAUUAGGUGGGGGAGCAGCAAGCAAGGCAGGUGGGACGCUGGGUGUGACAAGGGGGAAACCGGCACCAGCAGCAGCCUCUUCUGCUGCUGCUGCCUCACACUCAACCAAUAAGGAUGAGGACCCAUGGGCUGCUAUUGCUGCUCCCGCUCCUGUCAGCUCCGCCAAGCCUCUCCGCGCCGGAGCUGGCGCGUCCGGCUCGGCGGCUGGCAGAGGUUCGGCAGCGAGCCGAGGCGGAGGUGGUGGUGUGGCAAGUGGGCAUGUGAAGCUGCCAGCAGGGGCGAAUAUGGAUCUAGAGAGUAUGCUCGGGGAUGACAGUGGGGGGAAGAAGCUUACUGGCAUGAGGCUAGGAGCACAGAGAAUUAGCCGAUAG